UUGACGCGCAAUCACUCGCAUCGCAUCCACCCAACCACAAUGCAAGUGGUGGACUACACCUACGCGCGCACGUAAUACUCCUCAACCUCUCGUCGCCGCCGCCGCCGCCGUCGCCGUCGCCGUCCACCGCUCUCCCCCGACGAGCGCACGCCGGCGCACCGCACCGCAGCGCAACCAACACGACUGCAACUGCCACCCGAAUCGAGAGAGGAGAAAAGCUUGCGGGGUUAGGAGCCCGAAAAAAGAAAAGCGAGGUGCACACCACCACCACCACCACCGUGUCGCGCCUCCUCUUUAGCAGGGAAGAAAAGGAGGAGGUGGUGGAGGAGGAGGCGCCUGCAAGAAGCGGCGGCCUCACGUUGUGGGGGGGUGGGGAUCGAGAGGAUAGGCGUGGGGGGAGUAGGGAGGGAGGUAGGUAAGCUAUGGGGAACGUGACGUCGUCGGUGGCGGCGAGGCUGGCGUUCUUCCCGCCGGAGCCGGCGACGUACGAGCUGGUGGCGGAGGAGGAGGGUGGCGGAGGGGGGAUGCGGAUGACCGGGGUGUCGGCCGACGCCGGCGUGGAGGUGCACGCGCUGCCCACCAAGGGCGGCACCCGCGUCGUCGCCGCCUUCUGGCGCCACCCCUCCGCGCGCCUCACGCUGCUCUACUCCCACGGCAACGCCGCCGACCUCGGCCAGAUGCUCGGCCUCUUCCUCGAGCUCCGCGCCCACCUCCGCGUCAACAUCAUGAGCUAUGAUUAUUCAGGAUAUGGGGCGUCUACAGGCAAACCAUCAGAGUACAACACAUACUGUGACAUAGAGGCUGUUUAUGACUGUUUAACGAAGAUGUAUGGGAUUGAACCAGAGGAUCUAAUCUUGUAUGGGCAAUCAGUUGGAAGCGGACCGACAUUGCAUUUGGCCUCACGUUUGGAAAAAUUAAGAGGGGUUGUCCUUCACAGUGCUAUACUUUCAGGCAUUCGUGUUCUCUAUCCAGUGAAAGUGACACUUUGGUUUGAUAUCUUCAAGAACAUCGACAAAAUAAAGCUGGUUGACUGUCCAGUGCUGGUUAUUCAUGGCACGGCAGACGACAUCGUCGACUUCUCUCAUGGCAAGCGGCUGUGGGAGCUAGCGAAGGAGAAGUAUGAGCCUCUAUGGGUGAAAGGAGGUGGCCACUGCAACCUGGAGACGUACCCUGAAUACAUCAGGCAUCUGAGGAAGUUCAUCAACGCGAUGGAGAAGCUGGCCAAGGAGAAGGCGGCCAAGGCGCCCCAGAUGCUGCCGUCGUCGAGCAUGACCGAAGUAAAACACAACAAGUGCUUGAGAUUCGGCAAGAAAUGAGUGGAGGAGCUUCCAUUGUUUUAGCUGUCAAAAACUAACCAUGCUGUAGCUGUUGCUCCAUGAUCCGUAUAGCAGACGAACACACUGACGAGGAGACAGCCAAGCUGAACUGCUGAAGGAAAGAAGAAAGGAAGAAAGGAAGGAGUGUUCGUUCCGAAUUGUGAUGCUGCACCAAGAAAAGUGUCAGUAUGAGAUCUUCAGAUUGGAGACGCAUGUAUACUUGUGGGUAGCUGGAUCGAGAUGCGAUGAGAAAGUGUAGACGUGAGCUGAAUCGAGAGGAGGAGCAUAGUGGAAGCGUAGCCUGUUCUGUAGUUCAGUUUACGAGCCCCCUUGGGUUCUCUGGUUUUUUUUCCCUCUUCAGUUUGUAAUAUUAGCUGCAGAUGUGCAAAUGCAAAAGAAGGGGAAUCGAUUAAUUCCAAUUGAUUGCAGAAACGCAAUGCGUGUUGCCACUCAGCGACAUUGUUUCCGCGACAUGUAGAUUGUCAUUGAAAUGCAAAGCAGUAUGCUAGCUAGGAUAAAUGGACUUUAAACUCUGGGCAGA